AUGUCGCAUUCUCACGAUCACGAUGCUGGCGUUAGCCACUCCCACGACGACCCUUUCAAUGGCCAUGGCCACUCCCAUGACAUCCUCGAUGGUCCCGGCUCAUACCUCAACCGCGAAAUGCCGCUGAUCGAAGGCCGUGACUGGAAAGACCGUGCUUUUACCAUCGGUAUUGGAGGACCCGUCGGCUCUGGCAAGACUGCCCUCAUGCUAGCCCUUUGCCACGCACUCCGCGAUCAAUAUAACAUUGCCGCCGUUACCAACGAUAUCUUUACCAGAGAAGACGCGGAAUUCCUAACCCGCCACAAAGCCCUCGCACCCAACCGCAUCCGCGCCAUCGAAACAGGCGGCUGCCCGCACGCCGCCGUCCGCGAAGACAUAAGCGCAAACCUACUCGCCCUGCAAAACCUCCAACGCCAAUUCACCACCGACCUACUCCUAAUCGAGUCCGGCGGCGAUAAUCUCGCAGCCAACUAUUCGCGCGAAUUGGCCGAUUUCAUUAUCUACGUUAUUGACGUUGCGGGCGGCGAUAAGGUUCCCAGGAAGGGCGGGCCUGGAAUUACAGGCUCGGAUCUUUUGGUUGUUAAUAAGAUUGAUCUUGCUGAGGCCGUGGGUGCUGAUCUUAAGGUUAUGGAACGGGAUGCGGGGAAGAUGAGGGAGGAUGGUCCGACUGUUUUUGCGGUUGUUAAGGAUGGGAAGGGGAUGGAGCAUAUUGUUAAUUUGAUUAUUAGUGCUUGGAAGGGGAGUGGGGCUUAUGAUGUUAGCUUGCAGCGGUGGAAGGAGGGGGCGAUCAGAGGGUCGGGGAGUGUUGAUGAGUAG